AUGCUUAUUGAUGAACAUAGACAAAUCACAUCUUAUUAUGAACAAAUUACAUAUGUACCAAAACGUGAUUGUGGAACAAAAUUUAAUAUCUAUUUACUUUAUCCUGACCAACGAAAAAAUUCUUCGACUAAUUGCCCAAUAUACAUCGAUCUUUUUGAUAAAAUUACAUUAAAAUUUUUGGCAAGUUGGCAUCUAUCGAUUUCUUUUCAGUUUCUACCAGUGAAUCGAAUAGCUACUCAAUUAUUUAUUCCAAAUAUACAACAACAACAAAAAUCUUGUCUAUUGUCUUGUAGAAACCAUGGUCGAUGUAUGAGAUGCAUAAAUAAAAUUUUUUUAUAUUUUUGUCAAUGUGAUCAAGGUUAUUCUGGUUUACAAUGUAAUAUUGAAGAAAAUUGUUCUUGCUCCUUGGAUUCAUUUUGUUAUAGUUCAUCUAUUUGUGUUUGUUCCAUGAACAAAUACGGUCCAAACUGCUAUUUGAAACAUGCAAUUUGUCAAUCAUUAAAUAAUCCCUGUGAAAAUAAUGGACUUUGUGUACUUGUUGAUGAUCGUAUAAGUAUUAACAAGUUUACAUGUCUUUGUAAGAAAAGUUUUUAUGGAAGUAGAUGUGAAAAUAUUAAAAACAGAAUUUAUAUUAAAUUUAAUGAAACAAUUAGUCGAACGACAGCUGUAUUUAUACAUUAUAUCACUGCAUUUGAAAAUGCGAACCAUCAACGUAUAACAACAUUGAGAAAAAUCAACUAUGAUGAAAAUGCAGUUACACUCUUUGUCACUCAUCCAUUUCAUAUUAUCAUAGGUGAAUUAUUUAAUCAUACUUAUUAUUUGCUUAUAUUAAGAGAAAGAUUUAUUGAAUCAGAAUAUAUUCAAACUGAAUUAAUAUCAAAUCAACGCUGUAUUUCUAUAGAUGAAUUAUUGAACACAACUUUUCGUUCUUAUCCUCGUCUUCAUCAUAUCAAAUAUUAUCCUCUUCUUUGUCGACAAUAUCAAUAA